AUGAAAAAUGAGUUCAAGCUGCGCUUCUUGCGAGUAGUGGGGCGCACUGCGCCUGGCUCGGACGCGCACUGAGGUUGGGCAAAAGUGCCAAGUGUAGCCUCACAAAGCCCACCAGAACGCGUCGCCACGUCUCUCCUCUCCAGCCGAGUGCUCGAAAAACCGCAGGAAAGGGGCGAUUGUUCAACCCGCACGAUAAGCUAGCGGUGUAAGACACUAGCACAGCUGAUAGAGGCCGCGGCUGGCGGAAGAGCAGCGUAGUUGCUGUUUUAGCUCAGCAGAGCAUCGAUUCUUGCCUGCAGCAGCUCAGCUAUUGCCUCAUUAGCUGCACACGAACGACUGCACCGUCAGAGGGAGAGAGAGCUGCCCUCCUCGCCGACGAGAUUUCGCACUGCUCGCGCGGGAAGAUGAGCGAUCGCUACGACGACCGCUCGCGGCGCGACGAUCGCUACGACGAGCGCUCGUCGCGGGACGACGACCGUUCUUCGCGCCGACGCGACGACGACGACGACGAGCGUCGGGACCGAGGCUACGACCGAGACCGCGGCUAUGACCGGGACCGUGGCUAUGACAGGGAUCGUGGCUAUGACAGGGACCGAGGCUACGGCCGAGACCGGGGCGACCGUGGCUAUGACAGGGAUCGUGGCUAUGACAGGGACCGAGGCUAUGACAGGGACCGAGGCUACGACCGAGACCGGGGCUACGACAGGGACCGUGGCUAUGACAGGGACCGCGGCUACGAUCGUUCGCGCCGCGAGUACUCGCGCCGCCGCGACGACGACGACGAAUACUACUCGCGCCGCCGCGACGACGACGACGAAUACUACUCGCGCCGCCGCGACGAGGACGAGCCGCGCCGCGACGACGAUUACUCGCGCCGCCGCGACGAAGACGAUAGACGCCGUGAGGAGCGCCACGAACCGCGGCGCGACGACGAGUGCUCGCGCCGCCGCGACGAGGAGCCACGGCGCGAGGACGACGAGUACUCGCGCCGCCGCGACGAGGAGGAUCGCCGCCGCGAGGCGCGCCACGAGCCAGAGCCAGAGCCAGAGCCCGAGCCCGCGCCGGUCGACGACGCGCCGCGGCCGCGGAGCCGCGCCGGCUCGCGCGCCAACGACCCGCCGCGGCCGCGCGGCGCGGCUCGUGGCGACCCCUCGCCGGCGGCCGACCGCGGCGACGGCGACGACGAUGACCGCCGCGCCUCCGGGGCCUCCGGGGGCAGCCGCCGGGAGCGAUCACCGGAGGCCGCGUCGGCGAGCCGGAGCGCGAGCCGCGAGCGCGGCCGGCGCCACCGCCGAAAGCACAAAAGCCGGCGCCGCCGCCGGAGCCCGAGCCCGUCGUCGUCGCCCGAGGUCCGCCGCAAAAAGGCGUCGCGCUGGGACGCGACGUCGGCGCCGGCGACCACGGCGCUGGGAGUCGCGGCGCAGGCCGCGCUCGAGACGGCGGGCGGCGCGCCCGCGCUCGAGCCGGCGGCGUCGUCGCUGCUGCUGCCGGCCCAGGGCCUCGCGACGAAGAAGCAGCGCGAGCUCUACGUGGGGAACCUGACGGCGAACGCCAUUUCCGCCGAGGGCCUCCGCGAGCUCUUCGCGUCGCUCUGCGCGGCGCUGCCCGACCACGACGACUCGCGCGGCCCGGCCGUCAUCAACGCGCAGCUCUGCGAGGGCGGCAUGUUCGCCUUCGUCGAGAUGCAGACGGAAGCCCUCGCGUCGACGAUGCUCCGAUUUCAUGGCCUCGAGGUGGCGGGCCGGCCGAUGAAGAUCGGCCGGCCCGCCGGCUAUUUAGAUCCCCCGCACGGGCCCGUGCCGCCUUUGGAUGUCCCGAUGGAGGUCCUGAAGGAGCUGGGCAUCUCGGGCCAGGUCGGCCCCGCGCGCGUCGACGUGCUGGGCCAGCACAUCGACGCGCGGAAGCGGCGCGAGUUAUAUGUUGGGAACCUGACGGCGGGGGCCGUGUCCGGCGUCAUGCUGCGCGACGCCAUCACGCGCGUGCUGGCGGGGGCUCUGGGCGGCGACGGCGGCGGCAACCCCAUCGUGCGCAACGCCGAGAUCCAGGCCGGCGGCAUGUUCGCCUUCGUCGAGUUUAGGGAUGAACCGACGGCGACGAUGGCCCUCGCGCUGCUCAACGGCCACGACCUGUGCGGCCGGCCGCUGCGCGUGGGCCGGCCCGCGGGCUACACAGAGAUGGGGGGCGCGCCCGAGGCGCCGACGGCCGCGUCGCUCGGCGCGCCUUCCUAUAUACCUCCACCGCCCGCGCCGGAAGUGGCGCCGCGGCCGCCGCCGCCCAUCUACGAGUCCGUCGAGGAGCCGGAGCUCCUUGGAUAACUAGAUAC